AUGCAUCAAAAGCGAUCGAAAUCAUCGUCAGAUAAAGUAUUUCAAGCAGUCGAUUCUACCGCACCAUCGGCAUUAGUUCAACAAGCUCGAAAACCGAGUGUGGUUAAUAUUCUCCGGUUUACAAAUCCAGCACAUUUAGUAUUGAAUACGUUUGAAGCACCAUUUGUACCAAUUAUUGUGUUAUCAAAAGCAGUUAAUGUUGAAGUACGUGAUGCUAUUCGACGCACAUGGGGUUUUGAAAGACUGUACAAUGAUACAUUAUUAAAAACAUUUUUUCUUGUUGGUACUGAUGAUUUUAUGACUCACCGUCUUGAAAUGGAGCAACUUGUAUUUGAUGACAUUAUUCAAGUGUCAAUACCGGAUAUAUCCACGUUUUCUGCUUACAAAGAAUUGGCUGCGAUGUAUUGGGUAAAAAUGUAUUUACCAAUGGUUGAAUACUAUGUUAAAACAGAAGAAGAUACAAUCAUAAAUACAUCAGUAUUUGUUAAUAUACUAUUACCACAUGUUCAUUCACAAGAACAAGUUAUUUACGGUUGGUUUGGCAAUGAUCAUGUUGCUAAACGUAAUCCUGAUUAUCAAAAAUUUGUUGACGCCGUUGUGCCACCCACUUCUGAUUUAUUAUUUGCCAUGAAUUUAUGUUACAUUGUUACAGCAAUAUCGUUCAAUGCUAUGUUAGACACAUUAAGAACCAUUGAAGUUAUCGAGUAUCCCGGUGAUCCGUUUAUAACGGGGAUAUUGCGUGAUGCUGCCAAAGUAAGAGUAUUCAAUUUGGCUAACGAUCGUCGAUACCGGUAUGAAAUGGUGAAUGGAAAAUGUAAGGAUGCGUUUAUGACACAGCCAAACUUAAUAUUAUGUACAUCGUCAUUACAUGUGGGAUCAUCAAGAUCAAUGUCAGAAUAUUUUGAAACGUGGGAAGUAAUUAUUAAUCAAACAAAGUUAUUUGAUUAA